GUGAAGAUGGACAGCUUUGGUGGCCGGUAGCAAAUCCCAUAGAGCCGCCGGGUCGAAGAACAUGGCGAAGACCUACGACUACCUCUUCAAGCUGCUGCUGAUCGGCGAUUCCGGCGUGGGCAAAACGUGCGCGCUCUUCCGCUUCAGCGAGGACGCCUUCAACGCCACUUUCAUCUCCACAAUCGGUCUCGACUACAAAAGGAAGCAUGAAGUGCUCCAAAAUCUCCUGGUAGAUGGCAAAAGGGGCCCAAACCAAAUGUGGGACACAGCUGGGCAAGAACGAUUCCGGACAAUCACAACUGCUUAUUAUAGAGGAGCAAUGGGCAUCAUGUUGGUGUAUGAUAUUACUAAUGAGAAAUCUUUUGAAAAUAUUCAGAACUGGGUCAGAAACAUUGAAGAGCACGCAUCUCCAGAUGUAGAAAAAAUGAUCCUUGGAAAUAAGUGUGAUAUAACCAACAAACGGCAGGUUUCCCGAGAGCAAGGUGAAAAGCUGGCUGUUAGCUUUGGAAUUAAAUUCAUGGAGACCAGUGCAAAAGCAAACAUUAAUAUAGAGAAUGCAUUUUUUACACUUGCCAGAGACAUCAAAGCAAAAAUUGACAAGAAACUGGAAGGCAAUAGCCCUCAGGGCAAUAGCCCAGGAAUGAAGAUCAGCCCAGAUCAGCCAAAGAAAAGCAGUUUUUUCCGAUGUGCCCUUCUUUGAGGGGUGCGGCCUUAAUAUGAGGUGCUGUUCAACCUUUCUGGACUUGCCCAUUUGCACAGGCUUUUUUCCUCUCUGGAUUUGAUUCCACACCAGUCUAAUGCAACGGGACAAAGUGGCUCCUUUUCAUAAUCGACCCUUCUGUGAUAGAGAAGCAUUAAUUCCAUCACUGCUCCUGAUAAAUGUGGGGGCGUGUAGAUCAAGAAAUCAGAUACCGGACAUUUUGAAACAGGCUUUUCUUUUUCUCUCGGGAGAUGUUAACUAUUAACUGUUAUCAUGGCUAGUAGAAAAAGUGAUGAUCAGCAUAAUUCUAAAUGAUUUUCCUCUGCCUUCCCAAUCUAUGAAGGAGUAUAGGGUGUAGCCUGUAAGACAGAAUGAAGCACUGACAUUUGUAGCGGAUUACUCACCCUCCCUCUUGGAAUCAGGAAAAACAAAUUAGUCUGUUCUUGGCACUCAUUCUAGACACUCCCAUAAUAGAAAUUGCACAAUGUCUCAAAAUAAAAGUAAAUUAUUUUUUUAGAGAAAUCAGUGUGUAUUCUUGUAUAUACAGGUCAAAUUCCUUUCCUCUUGUGCUUCCUUCUCGGUGUAAGAGAUUGGUGCAGGGAGAGUAUUAUUUGAUUGAUUAGAGAAAUGUUUGAUUUUGAACUGCAAGGUACAAGUCCUUGUAAUCAUAUAAAGGUUCCCAGCAGGUUAGACAACAGCAAUUCACUUUGCUUACUGUGCCUUGGCCUGACUGUGCUAAUCUUGCAGUUCUUCUUUGGCAUUAGACUCUUGUCUGACUUACAAAUAGCUGCUUUCUCUUUUGAGAAAGUUACUUCGGUUCAGCCAUUUCUAUAGGAUUUUUUGAAAUUCCCAAGCAAAAAAAUCAAACUUAGUAUUGACCCUGUGAACACAUAUUGCCACAAUAGAAACCUGAUCUUGUAACUUUUCUUCAGGGUACUCGGGAUUCCAGUAUAACUUCUGUAUCUCUGGAAGACUCACUUAUAUGUUGGAAUCUAUCUAUUUUACAAGAGUUUAUUAUUAAAAGGCAAUUUAAGCUCCAUGACUAAAACUAUUUUAUCUGGGCCAGAGCUGCUUCCUAUGUUUUUUUUCCCCCAUGCAGCUCUGUGUGACUAUCAAAGUAGUGGAUAUGGAAGUUACUUAAUGAAACUUGUACUCCCUUUUUCAAAAAUACUGGAAUAGAUUUCCAAACAUUUUUUAAUCCAUCCAUUAAAUGAAUAGUAUGUUAUCAAAGAAAAUACGAUCUUGAUUUCUGACAAUGCCCAAAGUGGGGGAAACUGAACCAAAGAUAAUCUGGACUGUUUUUGAGAGAUACAGCCAAGAAUGCGCCAAUCAAUUUCCGUCUGUGAAGGACAAGAUACGAAUUAUACUAAAUAUUCAGCAUUCCCUCCCAAUACUUCUGAUUAAAAAAUAUCAA